AUGCGGUGGUACUCCACCCCUGUGCCUGAAGGCUACGUAGCUCUGAACACAAUAGCUGAUAACCCGGGCGCAACGCAUUCGAUCAAGAGACUGGGGCGUGGCAUUGGGUCUGGUUUGGGCAAGACAUCUGGCAAAGGGCACAAGGGCCAAAACUCCCGGUCAGGGGGUGGCGUGAAGCCCGGCUUCGAGGGCGGGCAGACGCCUCAGCGCCUGCGCAUCCCCAAGCGCGGCUUCCACAACCCCUUCAAGCGCACAUACAACCCCCUCAACCUGACCACCCUGCGCCAGUGGAUCGAGGAGGGGCGCCUGGACGCCAGCCGCGUCAUCACGAUGCGGGAGCUGCGCGCUUCCAACGCUGUGGGGCACCAGCUGCAGGAUGGCGUGAAGCUGCUGGCUCGCGGGGCCAAGUCCUGGAACAUCCCGGUGAGCCAAGCCUCGGCCAUCGCGAGGCAGGCGAUUGAGGCGGCGGGAGGGAGCGUGACCACGGUGUACUACAAUGCGCUGGGACUCAGGGCCCUCACCCAGCCCGAGUGGUUUGCGAAGAAGGGGCGCUUGCUGCCACGACCGGCGCGGCCACCGCCCCGCCUGGAAGCCAAGUUUGAGCGAAAGGGCGCGCUGCCGCCGCUGCGCGAUCUUGCGGCCGGGCUGGAGCAGGCUGCGACAGCCUGA